AUGCCCCGACCGUCACCUGGGGCAGUGGCGCUUGCCACGUUGCUUUGGUCCUUGUCUGCCCAGAACUUGGGAAACGUAAACCGCACAGUGUCUGAAGCAUGCGAGGCACUCAAGAUUCAGCUGGACAAGCUCUGGAUCGAUCAAAAGCAAAUGAAGGAAGGUGUUGUUGCCGGAGCAGUGACCGCGACCGAUUGCAAAGAGUUGCACGACAUCAACGUGAUGGACUACCGAACGAACGAGCAGCAAGCCGCGCUGUGUUCGAAUCCGUGCUACAACAACACGGCGUCCACGUAUGCGAGCAUGCUCAACUUGGACUGUUUUCAAGGCCAGGACGAGUACGAGGUCGCCAACCAGCGCCUUUUUGCCGCCAGUUUUCAGUACGGCUGCCAGCAAGACGCGGCCGAACAGUACUGCGUACCGCUGGUAGGCUUGACCAUGCAAAAAGCAGGGUCCAAGUACGACCUUUGCAGCGACAUCGUCAACAAAAUUGGGUGCUGCUUUGAAAGCUACAAGCGAUACAUGUCGUUUGGCACAUCUCGGUCGGUCGAAGAAAUGACGAUGAUGACGGCCGCUUGCGCGGACAAGGUGUCGGACAUCGCGGUGCCGUGCAAAUGCAACCCUGGGAAUGCAUACGCCAGUUCGAUCAAAAACGUCUUGGUCUGCAGCUAUGCGUCGGAGCGGUGGCCGUGUCACGCACAAGUGCUGUUGGUGGCGCUGGCCGCAGUUUUCACGUUCGUGUGGCUCUAACAUGGCGAAUCAUGGCUA